UUUUGAGAGCUUGUUUUACACGAACAUUUUAGAGGUGGCACCGUGCUGUGUCCUGCUCUGCGCGUCCCCGAAGACAAACUAUCUUGUAGGACGAAGAUCUUGUCUUUAAAUCUUAUUUUGUCUUCAAGAUGUUCUCUACGAUACUUAGAAGCACCAUAACUGCCCAGAAGGUGUGGCACCUGGCAAGACCCUCACAUAAAUGUCAGACCUUGUUACUUACCGGAGCGACUCAUCCGGGCAGGUCAGACCCUCCAGAUAUAAAAUGGGCAUCCUCCUCCAGGUGGCCAACACUGAGAACCGGGGUAAUCCCAAAGAUCACUGCAAGGAACCAAUAUUUCCAUUCCUCUGUGGUGAGGCUGAAAAAGCGAGAAAAACCCGAGCCCCCUCCCGAAGAGCUGGACCUGCUGCGCUAUGACAUGGAGUACUUCUGGAAGAGUCCCAAGCCCGCUCUCUGGCUGGGCUUCGCCGGGCUGAUCCCGUUUGUCGCCCCGACUCUCUACAUGGGCGUCAUGGAGAUCUGCCACACGGAGCUGGUCUACGCUCAGGUGGCCUACGGAGCCUCCAUCGUUUCCUUCCUGGGCGGCUCUCGUUGGGGAUUCGCUCUCCCCGAGAGCAGCCCUGCCACACCCGACUGGAUAAACCUGAGCAACAGUGUGAUGUCCCCGCUCCUGGCCUGGGCCGCCAUGUUGAUGGUCGACAACAUGGUUUCAGCAACCAUUAUGGUCAUCAUGGCACUGGGGAUCUCUCUUCACUAUGACCUGUCGCUGCUGCCCACCUACCCCAGAUGGUUCAAAGCCAUGCGAGCCGUUCAGACCUUUGUGGCCUUUGUGUCUCUUCUGGGCACAAUGGCUUUAAUCGAAGUAUACCCAACAAAGAAGUUGUUCUCAGAGUAAGGAAUCAUGCAGACGGUACAAUCCUGAUCGCAUCCGUGGUUGUUACGGCAGAGAGGAUGUUGUGUUUACAUCUUGUCCCCAUCCUGGAUAUGAAUGAUGGUGAACUUUCAGCAAAGCGAUAUAAAGAUUAAAAAUACAACUCCAGAAAGA